UGACCCUGUUGGUUCUACAGUGCUCAGAGUUGCACUGAAACUGAAAGGCUUUAUUGUGACAGCUAAACUGGUUCAGCACCGGGAGCCACCAGCUCAUUCAUUUACUAAAAUGUGUAGAUGCAGCUAAAUUAACCGAGGUGCGGGCUGGACGAGAAGUGUGCCUUGUUAGAUGAUUUGUGCAGCUGUAUUGGAACAGCCCAUGAGUUAGCUAGCUGUCUAAGCUUGUGAUAGUGGGAUGAAACAACACUAAUUAAUUUGUUAGUUGAGUUACGGUAUCCUCGAUCAGAAAUGUGGGGUAAGACAGUGUGUAUUGGGCUGCUAGCGUUUGCAUUGGGGUGUCUCCAUCACUUGCAUCCUGAGAUCCCAGAAGCAGCGUUUGAAUACAUAUCUUCGUCUCUGAGGAGCAUCACCUACAGGGAUUCUCCCCCCUCCUCCCCAUCCUUGGAAGAAUCGCUCUCUGAUUCAUGGAACCGACUAAUUGUGGCCCCUGGCAAGAGCUGGGGGAGGGUGGCUGUGGGAGUGAAUGCCUGUGUGGAUAUCGUGCUCUCUGGAGUGAGCUUGUUGCAGGCGCUGGGUUUAUCUCCUAAGUCUGCAGGUGAUCAUUCAGUCUUAAAUACACAAGAGGAACUGUCUGAGACCUUCCAGCACUACAUGCGGUUGGGGGCAGCUGCGGAACGCUUCUAUAGUGAUGGAGACAGCUUCCAGCGUAUCUCUGCAACUGCCUCACGGGACCCUGGGGCACAGCACUUUGUGGGAGGAAAUGCAGCACUCAUUGCUCAGAGACUGGCUACUCAUCCUGACCUGGAGGUUGUCCUUUGUGGUCCGAUUGGCCCCAAACUGCAUGAACUGCUAGAUGAGCGAAUCUUAGUGCCACCCGCAUCCUUGCAGGAGCAGGAUGAGUAUCACCUUAUACUGGAAUACAAGGCAGGAGAACAGUGGGGCUCUGGAAGGGCUCCUGCUGCUAACAGGUUCAUUUUCUCCCAUGACUUGUCUAAUGGUGCUAUGAAAUCGCUGGAGGUUCUUCUCUCGAGCCUGGAAGAUUUCCAGCCUAAUCUAUUGGUGCUAUCUGGGCUCCAUAUGAUGGAAGGGCUGAGUCGGGAGUCUCGAGAAACCAGGCUUAGAGAGGCUGCAGCCUCGCUGUCCUCUGUACCUUCUGAUAUACUCAUUCAUUUGGAGUUGGCCAGUAUGACUGAUGGGGAGCUGAUGCGAGGAAUUAUUUACCAGCAGGUUUUUCCUCUGAUAAGCUCUUUAGGACUCAAUGAGCAGGAACUUCUAUUUCUCACAAAGUCAGCCUCUGGUCCUCAUUCCUCUGUGCUAGACUGGUCCGGAAUACCAGAUGUGGGGAUAGUCAGUGACAUACUUUUCUGGAUCCUUCAAGGUUCCAAUAAUGGAGCAUCCACACUGACACGUAUCCACUUCCACACCUUAGCUUACCAUAUUCUAGCCACAACUGAUGGUUUCUGGGAUAACCAAGUUGCUGCCGUUGCUGCUGGUGCAAGGGUUGCUGGUGCCCAGGCUUGUGCCAGUGAAACAAUUGACCCAGCUCGUGUGAUGCUGAAGAGCCCAUUGGAGUUUGUCAGCUCUCGAGAAGAGUCAGGAACUAUUGUCAAGGUGAGCCCAAAGGAACCUGUUGCAGUGUGGAGUAGGGUAGGAGUAACAUUUUACUUCACGCCAGUGCUGAUCUGUAAGAAUCCUACUCGGACUGUCGGUUUAGGUGAUGCCAUCUCUGCAGAAGGUCUUUUGUUCUCAGAGGCAAAGGUUCAUUGAUGAUGCACAUACCUAUCUGCUUAAGAACUUGAUAGCAGAACCAAGUUGAUUAGUUCUACAGAAUACUGGUAUACACCAUUUAUGACCAUACUGGUCUGCAAGACAUGUGUGGGUUAUGAAGGCAUUAUGUGUUUGUGUAUUGGUGAUAGCUACAGACCACAUUCACACUGGCAUCUUUGCCAACAUAUUUAGCAGUAGGCUGUAGUAUAUUGAGAAUUGUUACCUAUAUUAUGUGAGCAGUGACCUGCCCUUCUCUGUGAGGUACAAGGAUCUGUAACAAAUCUCUUUAAACUGCAGCUUAAAUGCAAUACCAGAAAACAGGGGUUGCCUGGAAAAAAAUAAUGCUUUGAGAUUUUAAUUUUAGUUGCUAAUACUGUGUAUAGAGCACAAAGCUUUUCGCCUGUUGUACUGCAGCUUUCAGCAAAGAGACGGGUAAGUAGCUAUGUCCCACCACAUUCUUUCCUUGCUGAAAGGCAGAUAGCCUCUUAUGUUUCUCUAGGGAUUAAAUUCAAGAUUGUAAAAAAGUAUAACUUGCUAAUUUUUUUUUUUUUUUUUAAAUAUUCUAUAACCCAGUUUUUAUGAUAGUGUUGAUUUAGCUCAUAAAUGUAGCUGCGUGUAGAAUAAGCAGAAACUAAACUUUUAGAAUUCUAAUUUGUUUCCCAAGAGAACUGUUGUACAUUACUGCAGUGUUGUAACAGCCAAGAUGACCACAUAAGUAAGAUAUGUUCUAUCUAUCUAUCUAUCGUCAGUACAGAGAGAGUAAGGAGUAGGAACGUAGGGGAGAGAGCAGGAAAGAAUCAAUUAUAUCUAGAAAUCCUUGUGAAAGAGCCAAGUCCUAAUCUUUUUUUUUCUCAGUUUAGGGUAAACCUAGGUAACAACAAGUUCCAAUAGAGGUGUAUUCUGCAUUGAAUACUAUAUUGCUUAAGUGUAUGACUUAAAGGGACAUAAUACUCAAAAUGUGUUCCAUCUAAAAUAGAAUGUUUAUAGUGCGUUUUUUUGGAAAUGUUUUAAUUUUCUUGUGUUAAAUAAAAACAGCUCUUCCAGGGUGAGUGGUCCCUAUCAGCCAAUGAGCAUUAAAGUCCUUGGCCCCAAUUGUACACAAUUAUGCACUUCAUGUUCGUUUCACAUUAAGCUUAAACAGCUUUUACUUAACCCUUUUCAUGCACAAAUAUUUGUAACCCAUUUAACUGCUGCUCUUUCACAUACCAUAUAAAUAAUUUGAGUACCAUGUCUCAUUAACCCCUUCAUUCCGGGGGGGGGGGGCAAACUUCUGAUGUAAACACUUGCUAGAUCAUUGAUGCAAUCAUGUAAUGUCAAGACUGGGAUCGGAUUAUGUGGGACUGCCUACGAUGCUAGGCACGCCCCCCCCCCCCCCAGUCCAAGCUUCCAUUUUCUCAAAGGUUGAGGUCGCAGGUAAACGUGUGGUUGCUUUAAGCAAACUGCUAUGUUACCCUUCUAAAUUCUUGUAAUAAAAUAUUUAACAACGUUUGAAUUUCCAUUAGACACCAGCAGUAACUUUACAAUCUUGACUUUUAAGCUCUAAAGAAAUUGUGGCAAAAAUUGUCCCUUUCUCUAGUUUACCUCUGGUGGGUACUGGGUCUCAUACUAAAGGGUGAUAGUGUGUAGGUUAGUCCCUUUACUAAAGGGGCAUUAAACUGAAAAUAUAAGUCCCAAUAAAAUAUUGACUUAAAGGGACAUGAUACCCAAAUGUUUAAACGCUUGAAAGUGAUGCAGCAUAGCUGUAAAAAGCUGACUAGAAAAUAUAACCUGAACAUCUCCAUGUAAAAAAGAAAGCUAUUUUGUCUCAAAAUGUCCUAAGUAUUCAAACCCCAUUGCAAAGGACUUUAAGCAGCAAAUCAGCAUGUCUGUCCCGGGACCUGCAAGGGAGUGAGCUUUGUGCACACUCAUGUUAUUUCCCUAUUCAGUUUAAGGAAGUUUACUAUGUAAUCUCAUGAGAGUUAAAUCAAAUCUCAUGAGAUCACAGUAAAACAGUUCAUGACCUCAGCACUGCUGAUGCUUAUUGGUUGCAGUUCAUUUCUUAUUUUUUUUUUUUUACCUGCAGCUGAGCAGCAGUUGAGUAUAACUUUUAACACAGAACUUACUCUAGUGAGCUGAGAAAAUUGUGAGGUAAAAUAUCUUUUUUUUUUUUUUUACAUAGAUGCUCAGGUGAUAUUUUCCUGUCAGCUUUUUACAGUUAUACUGCAUCAGUUUUAAGUGAUUUAGCAUAUGAGUAUUAUGUCCCUUUAACUAAAAUAAGACAGCUUUGCAUUAUGCACUCAUUAUUUUUGUUUUCCUGUUUUUGCUUUAAAAUAGCUUGCAAUUGUGCCUCUGUCAUAUUAUGUAUGGUGAAAUUACAAUUGACCUUACAACAUUAUACAUAGUUAGCACAGAGCACAAGCAGUUUACAUCUAUCACUAACUGGCCAUAGCAAAGGAGAUCAGGAACAUGGAUUCCACCAGACUUUUCCAGGGUUGUAUCCCUGAACUGCUCAUGUACACACACACACCCCAAUUCCACUUUUACAUCCUUUUAAACCCUGUAUUAGUAUUGUCAACUUUGCAGUACAUCUGUCUGGGAAUUUUUAUUCCAUGUCAUGAAGUUUUAAUAUAUUUCUCAUUCUUACCCCCCAUAUUAGGGCGUAGCUUUCUUUCAAUUAGCAUAGAAGUCUGACAAAGGGUUUAUUGAGCUGUUCUUCCUUCAUCAAGGAAAAAAGUGGUUGGGAUUAUACAAGGACCAAAAUGUUUUAUUGGUAAUCGGUUUUAGAAUUUCCUUUUUGAUAUUAAUAGCUGAUACUAUUUGCACUGCCAGAAAGGAAUUGUUAACUUAUUACAUUGAUCUGGGUGCUUCAGAUCUAUACCAAAACUUGAUGUCCAGUGUCUAUUUAUUACACUCCCUUUCUCUGCACUGAGGCAUUAACUUGAACUGUUACAAGUAAUACUAACAAUGUUCAAUGUUAACCUACCUCUUGGUCUCUUCCUAUUUGCUAACUGAUUCAGAGGUUAACUUCUUCCUUAUCCCCAUUGUCUAGUUGCAUUGAUCACUGGAAAAUAUUCCUUCUCCUAUGUUUGUAAUAUAUCGAAACAAGGCUUUGUAAAAACAUUUUUUAAUAAAACAUUCCCACUUCAAUGUA